AUGAAGAAGAGACCCCGAGAGCCCAAACCCUUAGUCUCCACGCUCGUCUCCUGCACUGGCCCAUCGCUAAUCAAACACUUAGCCUCGUGCAAUUCUACCGUUAGAUCCCAAUCCCUGAAGCUCCUUCAAUCAUGGCUGACUUCCCAAAAGCAAGAAAUCCCCGAAGAGGAUAUUAAGAAGCUAUGGAAAGGACUUUUUUACUGUUUCUGGCACUCCGACAAAGCUCCGAAUCAGUUGGCGCUUGUUAAUAGACUUACGUCCCUGUUUUUGACCCUCGAAUUCCCUGUUUCGCUGCAGUAUUUUAGUAAAUUUGUUUUGACUCUUCGGCGAGAGUGGCCUGGGAUUGACCGCUUGAGGUUGGACAAGUUUUACUUGCUUAUACGUAGGUUUGUGAGGACUUUGUUUGAAUUGAUGAAACUUAAGCAAUGGGAUUUGGAAUUGCUGGGGAAAUAUAUGGGUGUUUUGGAGAAUGAUGGGUUUAUGGCAGACGAUAAGUUGCAGGGGAAUGGAGUGAAUUAUCAUAUUGUAUCGGUUUUCUUGGAGGAGUUGAAAGAGGUGAGGUUUCCUGUGAGGAAGGAGGUGGUUGAUGUGAUCUUUGGUCCCUUUUUUGUGGCUUUGAUGAAGAGUAAGGACAGGAUUCUGGUGGGGAAAGUGACAAGUUGUGUGUUUGAUGAGUUGCUGAAGAUGGGCAAGGAAUUGCUGGCGAAGAAAAAAACAGGCGUGGACUGUGACAAGAAAGAUGGGGAUGCGUCGCUAGCGGUGGUUGCCUUGAAGAUGUGUUUUUCGGGGAGGUUUUAUGAGGUCGGUUCGUCAGAGGAGUGUUUUCAGGGGAACAGGAAGGUGGUUUUUGGGUUGCACGAGGAGUUUCUGAAGUUGGAGAAGGAUCUGGAGUCAUGUGGGGUUGAAAUAGAAGUUCGUGAAUUCAAUGAGGCUUCUGGUGGUAUUGGUUAUGAUGAUGAGGUUCCUCACUUGAUCGCUAUUGAUUAUAAUACCAGUAAUGGUGUGUGUGCAUCGGGGGCAUCUGAAGAAGCUGAGGAUGUGCAUGAUGACAAGAAUGAGUCUGAUGACGAAAGCUUAAAGAAGAGUAAGAGGGCAAGAAAAGCAACAGUUAAAAGCCAUAAGAAGUUAGAAGAGUCAGAUAUAAGUGAUAAGAAGUCUAAGAGGAGGAAGAAGAAGGAUAAGGAACAAAAUCUGGUUUCUGAAAAUGGAUCUAUUGUCGAGGAAAAUGGCAAUGUGGUUACUGCGAAUGGUAUGGAAAAUGGAGAUCUGAUGACUGCUGAUGGAAAGGGGUUGGAUGAUGAAUUGGAGAGUGAUGGAACUGAUUUAACUUUGAAUGAGUCUGUGAUAUCAAAUCUUCAGAAGCAGUUUGAGAAGGUGGCUGCUGAAAUUAGGUCACAUAUAGAUGAUGAUACAGAUUCAUGUGAUACACCAAUAGUUACAGUGAAGAAUAAAAUAUCGAAAAAGAAAAGGAAGGUUGCUAAGACCGACACUGACAACCCCGACAUGAGUGGUCAAGUAGAUGACAGAACCGAUAAUGCUGCAAAGAGUGUGGAGAAGAGUGCAAAGAAGUGCCCUGAAGAAGGGGGUGCCUCCAGGUCCCAUAAGGGAGAUGCCUCCUGCAAAGAAAAAGAAGAAGCAAAAGACAGGGCGGCAGAUGUUGAAGAGUGCAUCACCUGGCAAGAAACAAAAGAAAAAGAUACAAACUGGGUCCAUUUGAUGGCAAUUAAGUUCAGAUGA